CCCAGUCCAUACUUUUCUUCUAACGCUUCACCAGGACUGUCCAUUGCAGAACCCAUCUCGGCCAAUCACACAAUCUGCUGGACAGGACAUCUUCUUGGACUUCUUCAGGGGCAGAACGCCCCUCCAAUAUCUUUAUCUUGGAGAUUUAGGAGGUUUUAUUCUUUUUCCAUAAGUUCUCAGCUCAGAAUCCCUUUUCGCUCUACUUGAAGUCUUAUCACAAAUCUUUGUUUUAGAGUUUUAAUAGCGCUGGAACUAAGAACAUCCUUCUAAAUGCUGACCGAGUCUAGUGGACUGAUGGGAUCUGAUGUCAGAGACCUGAGCACUCUGCUUCCAGCAGUCCCUAUGCUGCCAGGGGGGACCACUAACUGUUCCCUACCCGUCAACGGAGCACCGCAGUGGGGGCCAAUGAUGGACUUUCACCCCGGCUCCCCAUACGGAUCUCUGCCCGCUCAUUCGUUCAUCAAACAGGAGCCAGGUUGGGGGGCCGCAGACCCUCACGAGGAUCCCCACUGUGGUUUAGGUGCCUUCACUGUACACUUCUCAGGCCAGCUUACAGGACCUGGAGGCUGCAGACAUGGAACUUUCACAGAUUCUCCCUCCAGCCAGAGCAGGAUGUUCUCCAGUGGGCCUUAUCUGCCAGGUUGCAUGGAGAGCCCUCCUGCCCCGCGGAACCAGGGUGAGACAGCCGCCAUAGGUUAUGGUACAUUUGCAUUAGAUGGAGCUCCCUGUUACGGUAAUACACCAGCUCACCACACUCCACCAUUCCCCAACCACGCCUUCAAACAUGAAGACCCCAUGUCUCCGCAAAGCACCAUUGGUGAGCAGCAGUACCCCAUCACCCCAAAUGUUUAUGGGUGCCACAGUCCCCCUGACAGUCAGACCUUACUUUUGAGAAACGCCUUCAACAGUGAUAAUCUGUAUCAAAUGGCAUCCCAGUUGGAAUGUGUAACCUGGAACCCCAUCAGCUCACUGACGCCCAGCAUUAAGAGUGCGAGUUAUGAGACUGAAACUUCUGUGGGAGCGGCUCCUGUGGUGUUAAGUUACAGAACCCAAUAUCACAUGCACACACAUGGUGUGCUCACUGGACUACAGGAUGCACGGAGAGUACCAGGCAUUGCUCCCUCCAUUGUGAAAUCAUCAGAGAACAGUGAGAAACGUCCGUUCAAGUGUGCAUACGCCGGCUGCAAUAAGAGAUACUUCAAACUGUCCCACCUGCAGAUGCACGAAAGGAAACACACAGGAGAGAAGCCCUACCAGUGUGGUUACACAGACUGCGGCCGCAGGUUUUCCAGAUCUGAUCAACUCAAGAGACACCAGCGCAGACACACAGGAGACAAGCCCUUUCAAUGUAAGACAUGCCAAAGAAAGUUUUCACGCUCAGACCAUCUUAAGACCCACACUCGGACACAUACAGGUAAAACCAAGUGAGAAGCCGUUCACUUGUCACUGGCCUUGCUGUCAGAAGAAGUUUGCCCGCUCAGAUGAGCUGCUCAGACAUCACAGUAUGCAUGAGAGGAAUAUGACCAAACUCCACUUUUCAGUUUGAGACACUAAAACGCUGUACAUACACAAAUACACUGUAUAUAAUCACACAGAUGCUGAGGUACUCUAAAUAGUAAAGAUAGACUUGUUUACUACAUUUUCAAAGCUUCUACUUUAGGAACGAAGGAAAACGUGUGGCAUUCACUGAAUACAUACAAAUAUUUGGGAGUUUUUUUUUUUUCAGAUUGUUUGACAUGGGUACGAUGCCAUUUAAAAAAGGCUUCAGUUGACUGUGUAUGAAUCAUCCUAUAUGAGGAAUAUUUUGCAUCAUCUCAUUUUGUAAAUAAGGACAAGGACCCUCCAUCCCCUACACUUAUACAUUUUAGAUUUUCCAUGAUUAUUUUUCCAUAAAUGGAAAGUUGAUUGCACUGAAUAUACUUUAUAUGUAUUAAAAAAUGUGCUGGGUAACUUAAAUUGUUUCAUCAUUUUGAAUAUUAAUUUUUGAAAAAUUAAAUUGGACAAUUUAGUUUAAAAAAAAAACAGAAGCACUGUAAUGAGUGAAUAUAAUAUUUGUUAAGGG